AUAUAUUUUGUUUUAGGAAUGAUAAACAAUAAAAUUUUCCUAGUGGGGGGUAUACUGAUUACUUCGGAAAUUAUUUGGAAGUGGUACAAAAGAUUUCGUAAUUCUCGGAAAAAUGCUAUCGACACCUGUGCGAUUACAAAAACAAGCGUUGACGAUACGAAACAAAACAUAUCGGAAGUUAUGUUUUUCUCCAAAGCAUCCAACUAUUGUCGGGUACACGCCAAUUCUGGUAAAGCUUGCUCCAAGGACAAUUGUCCGGUUCGUUACAUGAGAAAUCUGGAAAAUUAUAUGAACUGCGCGAAACAGAGUUUGGACGUAUGUAUGCACAUGUUGACUUGUCAAAUGUUAUCAAAAGCUAUUGUAAACGCGCGUAAACGAGGUGUACUCGUCAGGGUAAUAAUGGACCGAGGCAAAGCUGUCAACGAUGCCGCGCAAACGGCUCUGUUUCACAGUAACGGUGUCACGAUCAGAAUGCAAGACUCCGAUGUCCUGAUGCAUCACAAAUUCGUAAUCGUGGAUCGUGAUAUAGUGAUUACCGGUAGUAUAAAUUGGACAAUGUCCGCGUUCUUUGGAAACUUUGAAAAUGUCCUGGUGACCAACCACAAUUCGUUGGUGGAACCUUUUGUCGAGGAAUUUGAAAAGUUGUGGAUGUUAUUUGAAUGUCCGUUACGUCCGGAAACGGAUGAAAAUUUGCGACGACUGAUUCUCGAAACGUUCGACAUUUAGUAACUUGGAAGAUCGAACCACAAGUCAGAGGGCACGUCGCGCA